CGCCGCGGCGCUCGGAGCCUCAGGCCGCCCCGGGAUCCCGAGCUCUCCGCCGCAAUGGCUUCGGCGGACAUGUUCCCCAACGUGUCCUUCUCCGACGUCAACGCCGCCGCCGCCUCGGAGGAGGCUGGCGGCGCCGGCGGCAAGGCCGUGUUCGGCCUGGACGCCGCCUCCGGGGCGGCGCGCCUCAGCCUCGUCAGGACCGGGGCGGACCAGGCGAUGGAGAUCGGCAUCUCCCUCUCCGACGCGCAGAUAUUUAAGCUGGGGCGGACGGAGUGGCUGUGCGUGAGCGGCGAGACGGAGGCUAAGCCUGGCGUGGAAGAGAAAUUAUUUUCAAGAGCAAUUAAGGUUGUUCUUAGGUCAGAAGCUGAGAGCAAAGCCUUCUCUCUAGCUUUUCAACGAUGGAAACAACAAAUCACUAGUGGAAAACCUGGUGAACCCUUGGAAAAUGGAUCAAUAAUGGUUUCUAAAAGCAAAUUUGAUACAAAAAUUGAGGCAUCUUCAGCACAGAUGUAUUUCCACUACUAUGGCCAACUAUUACAUCAACAAAAUAUGUUGCAAGAUUUUGUGAGGACAGGGACAUACUAUGCUGCUGUAAUGGAAAACCGAUCCGACUUUGAGGGUCGGGUUGUGGUUGAUGUUGGAGCUGGUAGCGGUAUUCUUUCGUUAUUCGCGGCACAGGCUGGUGCCAAACACGUGUAUGCAGUUGAGGCAUCUGAAAUGGUUGAACAUGCCCAGCGGCUUAUUUCAGGGAACCCAUCGCUCGGACAACGAAUCACGAUCAUCAAAGGCAAAGUUGAGGAUGUCGAACUUCCAGAGAAAGCUGAUAUACUGAUUUCCGAGCCUAUGGGAACCCUUUUGGUGAAUGAGAGGAUGCUAGAGUCCUACGUUAUAGCUAGGGACAGAUUCCUUGCUCCGGAUGGUAAAAUGUUUCCAACGACGGGAAGGAUUCACAUGGCUCCGUUUUCUGAUGAAUACCUUUAUGUUGAAAUGGCAAACAAGGCUCUCUUUUGGCAGCAGCAUAACUUUUUUGGUGUUGAUCUUACACCCUUGCAUAGUUCCGCGUUCGACGGAUAUUUUUCACAGCCUGUGGUGGAUGCGUUUGAUCCAAGAUUAUUGAUUUCUCCACCCACAUAUCAUACUCUUGAUUUCACUAAAAUGAAGGAAGAGGACCUUUACGAAAUUGAUAUUCCUCUAAGUUUUGUAUCCUCUGUUGGCACUAGGGUGCAUGGGCUAGCUUGUUGGUUUGAUGUAUUGUUCAAUGGAAGCACUGUGCAAAGAUGGCUUACCACUGCUCCAGGUUCCCCUACAACUCACUGGUACCAGUUGCGAUGCGUACUUGCGCAGCCAUUGUACGUUAUGGCUGGCCAAGAAAUAACAGGGCGACUUCAUCUUGUCGCCCAUAGUGCACAAAGCUACACAAUAUACUUAACACUGUCAGCCAAAAUGUGGGGUGUGGGUGCGGAGCAAGGCGGCAUCCUUCAGACAUCCACAGCAAAACUUGAACUUAAGGAGCCGUAUUACAGGAUGUCUCAACCUCAGCAAUAUAUGCCACAAGACCAACAGCAGCCACUAUCAUCUUUGCAGGCUCAAGGAUCUGAACAGCAGAUGCAAGAUGGGCUAAGCCCUGGCAUCACAGUAGAACAGGAGAGAGAGACUGCAGCUUUCACUCGAUAGGGAGGAAACGUGAGGUGCAUGCUUUGCUUCCUGCAACGAGCUCAGGUCCGUACAACAAUAUGCUUCUGCUGGAUGUUCCCAUGUGUAGCUCCCAAUGGCUAACAUCGCGUCCAGUGUGGUGGUAGAUCAUUGUGUCAAAGUUGUGCAGCGCUGCAGCUAAUUGUGCUUGCGGUUGCCUGGUUAUUUAAUGUCAGAAAACAAUAAGAGUAUCUGAUCAGACGUGAAAUUGGAGGUAGAAGGCAUCUAACAGGGAAGAAGGUUGUAUGUUCUUAUGUAUAAUUCUAUUAUUCUGAGUUGUUGGUUGCAUUUUUUUAAA